AUGGACGACUACCGGGGCGUCCCCGUGUCCGCCAUCCCGCCCUCGGUCCUCAACGGCACCGUCCCGCCCUCGCGGUACUGCUUCGAGCACCCCGACUACGACGUGCUGUGCGACCACGUCGGCAGCUUCUACUCGUACCGCAUCGACAUCGCCGCCAACGCCGCCUUCCUCGGCCUCUUCGCCGCCUCGCUGCUGGGCUACGCGGCCGUCAUCGUCGCCCGCCGCGGCCGCGGCCUGGCGUUCGGCCUCGCCAUGAUCCUCGGCCUCGUCUGCGAGGUCCUCGGCUACGCGGGGCGCGUCAUGUCCUGGCGCAACCGCUGGGACGAGAACGGCUUCCUCAUGCAGAUUUGCUGCCUCACCAUCGGGCCGGCCUUCAUGGCGGCGGGCUUGUACCUGUGCCUGAGGCGCAUCGUCACGGCGUUUGGGCCGGAGAACUCGCGUAUCCCGCCCGAGUACUACACUCGCAUUUUCAUCCCCUGCGACGUCGUCUCGCUCGUCCUCCAGGCCACCGGCGGCGGCAUGGCCGCCGUCGCCUUCCACGGCAGCCGCUCCGCCACCACCGGCACCAACAUCAUGAUCGCAGGCCUGAGCUUCCAGGUCUUUACGCUCCUGUGCUUCAUCGCCGCGUCCGUCGACUUUGCGCUGCGCACCCACCGUCGCCAGCACCAGCACCAGCACCAGCUCGAUGGCAACGCAACGCACCACGACCCGCGCCUCGUCCGCAUGCGCCAGACGCUGCGCUUCCGCCUCUUCCUCGGCGCCCUCGCCCUCGCCACCUUCUGCAUCCUCUGGCGCAGCGCCUUCCGCGUCGCGGAGCUGAGCGAGGGCUGGUCCGGCCCCAUCAUUGGCAAGCAGGGCCUCUUCAUCGGCUUCGAGGGCGUCCUCAUCGUCGUCGCCGUCUACGCCCUCAACAUCUUCCACCCCGUGCUCUGCGCGCCCGAGCUGUUCGAGGUUGGCGGCGGGCUCAAGGGCGUGUGGGGCUUUAGGCGGAAGGGCGCCUCCAACGACGCCUCCGAAAGGGGGCACAAGGUUGAGGGCUCGGGCGAGUCGUCUGGGUAG